AUGAUUCCCUGUGGCAGGGAUAUGCUUCAUUCACGUGAGUGUUGAAAUGUCUUCCGGUUGUGCUUUUUUUGACUCUUAAAGUUUGAGUACGGCUCACUUUUAAAUCGCCCUUUUUGCAGCUCGAGAUUUUUUUAAAAGAUGUUUUUUAAAAUUUCGAUUUUCAGACACCACAUUUUCAAUCUGCCACAUAUUGCCGGUCAUGAACUCGCCAAAAACUCGAUAUCCGUCUGAUAAGGUAAGGAUUUCAUAUAUUUUUUUGCGCUAUUCCAAAAUUGCAUAGAGUUUUUGCCGCAUAUCUACAUAGUACAAUGAAGGACCCUAGUGGCAAAAAACGUACCUUUCUGCAUCCGAGAAGCAUCAAAAAUGUGGCAAAAUGCUUCCGUCUCCUAGUGAAAAAACUUCGUCUUGAAGGGAGCGCCUUUUUUCCUCACAAAAAGAGCGGGUGCGCUUUUGAAAUCGGAGUUUUUUUCACUUGGAGGGGAAAGCAUUUUGCCACAUUUUUGAUACUUCCCGGAUGCAAAAUGGUACGUUUUUUGCCACUGGAUCAGGUCCGCUUUAAAUUCAGUCUUUUUAUCAGUCUGUCGGGAAAAUAAUGAGGAAUACGUCGCAUCAAAAAGCAUUAUUUUCCCGACAGGCUGAGAGUUCGGUCAGCAAAGUUUGCUAUACGUCUGUACGUGCAAAAUGGUCAAGUAAAUUUUCUUACUGUGCUAACAGACGAAGCGCUUCAAGUUUUUUUUUCGGUCGAAAGUUGGCAAAAAAGAAAAAAAAAGUUUUUUGCCAAAUUUUUCAUGAGUAUGUUUACAUAGCUUUUUUUACCGUAAAAGAUGAUGUUUCCACAAAAAAAAAUAAAAUUUUUGCACACAAUACUAGCAAAGAUACCACAUAAAAUGUUACUUUUUUCGCUAUUCAAAACGUAAAUUUCAUUUUUCAGUUCUCCCAGAAGAAGAUCAGAGAGCAUCGUCGUCGCGACUCCAUGAACAGAGAGCUGAAUGCGAUGAAGAACUUGGUGAUCAGCAAAUCGAAUGGGAAGAAUGACGGGAAAAAGCUGGAACCGGCCAUGAUUUUGGAGGCAUUCACCGAGCUGUAUAUGAACACCAAGGACGAAAUUGAAAAGGUCAAAAAAGGUAAGGAUUUUUUAUUACUAUGCUUAAAAAAAAAUUGAAAUUUUUUCAAAAUUCAAAAAAUUUUUUUUUCAGAAAAUGCCGAAUUAGAGUCUGAAUUGGGAUAUCAGCAAUAUCAACCGGAGAUUAGUCCAAAAAACACCGCUGAAUUCUCUGAAAUCAACAACACUCCUACUACAACAUCAUCCGGCUCCAACGACACUGCCAUUUCGAGCUCAGCUGGCGAUGAAAGCGUUCUACAAGCUUCACAAAUUUUCUCAGCAACAGAAGAACCCCCAAAUCUUCCAAUUCCCCCAUUCAACAUGCCAAUCGACCCAUUCCAGCCCAUGAAUUUGAUGACUCAACCCAAUUUCUUUCCGAUUUUGCCACCUCAACUGAUGGUCCAGCCAAAUUUCCCGCUGCUUUAUCAGUUCCAAGCUUUGCAGCAGCAAAUGGCUCUUCAGAAUAUGAUGAGCGGCCCUGCUCUUACAUUUCAGACGAUACCUCAGCCAACAACAAGUCAAGAGCAGCUCAACUUGUUGCUUCUUCAAAAUAUGCUGCAAAAUUCAUUGUCUCAACAGAAUAUUUGUAAUAAUGAAUAA